UCCCAUAUACACGUUUGUUUUGCCGCGUUUGCCGCGUUCGCUUGUCGCAUGCUAAUUCAUUUCUGGGUCUCCAGCUAAUUCAAAGACAAAGGACAUUACCUGGAAUGACAGAGCACAAUCAGCGUGAGGAAAGAAAGGGUGCGUUGCAGUUUCUAAGGUCUGCGUCGCAUCGUAGCGAGCAGCAAUAGUGCUGAUGUGUCGCCCGUGACGUCGUCUUCGCCGUGGUCAGCUGUGAUCCGCUCGUUUGGAACCGACUCCCAAACUCAACAGGUACUCAAGCAAAUACAAACAGCUGGAGAUAAUUUUGUUUUUGUCAUACUUGUAAACAAAAGACUGCAAGAAAAAUGCGAGUGGCCAUUGCAACACUGUUUGUUUUUCUUGGUUGCUGCACAAAUGUUGUCUUUCUGGAGCUCCUCGUAAAGGAACAUCCAGGAUGCAGCAACCUGAUCACAUUUUCUCACUUUCUCUUCAUCUCUGUGGAAGGCUUUAUAUUCUCGACAAACUUUGGCAAGAGGCGCCCCGUGGUGCCCCUCAAGCAUUAUGUAAUGUUGGUCGUCAUGUUCUUCCUCGUGAGCAUCGCAAACAACAAUGCUCUUUCCUACGACAUAUCCAUGCCCCUGCACAUGAUAUUCAAGUCUGGGUCUCUCAUUGCAAGCAUGUUGUUAGGGAUUAUUUUACUCAAAAAAAGGUACUCCAUGUCCAAGUAUGUUGCAGUUCUCAUGAUCACCGCUGGCAUCGUGGCCUGUACAAUGGCAUCUGUUCAAGUUGAGGAAAAGCCAGGAGUGCCAUCCGAAAUGGGGAGCUUCUACAACAAAUGCAAAGGCAUAGCCCUGCUGACGUUCUCCCUCCUGCUGUCUGCACGCAUGGGCAUCUACCAGGAAUCCCUGGCCUCUCGCUACGGGAAGCAUCCCCGAGAAUCUCUAUUCUAUGCCCACGCGCUGCCACUGCCUGGCUUCUUGCUGCUGGUGCCGAACAUCUACAGUCACGCCGUGUCCUUUACCCAGUCAGAACCACUGGCGUACCCUCUGUUUGCCCUCAUCCCCAAGGCUUGGGCAUACCUGUUCUGCAACACCGUCAUGCAAUAUGUGUGCAUCCGGUCGGUGUACGUACUGACCACCGAAUGCUCCUCCCUGACGGUGACGCUGGUCAUCACGUUGCGCAAGUUUGUGUCGCUGCUGCUGUCGCUCUACUACUUUCAAAACCCCUUCACGGCCGUCCACUGGUUCGGCACCGCCCUGGUGUUCACCGGCACCCUCGUGUUCACCGAAGUGUUCCCCCGCCUGCGUGCAGCCGUCCGGCCGCCCCUCAAAGCCGACUGAUCCCACCCCGCCGUUUCUAGGACCGGGACAAUGAGUGCUCUAUACAAGCUUCGCAAAAGAUCCAGGUGCUGCGCCACAACGGAGUCCGACGACCGGACCUGCUCCAAGCCGUGCCCAUCGACUUGCAUGGAGGGUGGAGUGAGCGUCGUGUUUUUGGCUACGGCGACGUGGCUGCGGGCGAGGUGUCGGCAUUGCACCGCUUUCUGCAACGUGGCGACACCUCAUCUGUAGUCGUCGACGAAAUGAGAGGGAGGGGGGGGGGGGGGGGGGGGGCACUUCUUUCAAAUGUGAAACUCCUUGUCAUUUUAAUCCUGUCAGUCACCAUGACUAAACAUAUUUAAUUUCGAGUUACGUCACACCGUUCCAGACAGCACAGCUCCAAGCUCGCGGCUUUUGGAUGUGCUUGUGCAAACCAAACGUGCUGAACCACUCCCGUGCCUCGGGCAGUGCCGCCCGCAACUCAUGAAAUGCAGUGUGGUGCGCAGGUCAUGCCGUGUCAACUUCGCUUCUCAACUGAAUAAAAAUCUCGGUAGUAAGCUUUA